AUGCAGUGGAUCCAGGUGAUCUGUGAAACUGCACAGAGAGCUGCAGACAGAGGCCAAGUUGUUCUUAUCAUUUGUGAAGAUGUUAAAACUGCAGAUGAGCUGAAGACAAACAUGCAUGUUCCAGAAAGGCAAGCCAAUGAGAUCACCAUGUACACAAUCAGCGAGAAGCACAACAUCGAGAAGCAGAACUUUAGCCCGGGAAACAUUAUCAUUGCUACAAACCUCGGCGGCCGAGGGACAGACAUACACGUUCAGCAGGACGUAAACGAGAGUGGAGGUCUCUUUGUGCUCCUCACAUACUUUCCUAGAAGUCACCGUGUGGAGCGACAGGUCUUUGGACGCACCGCCCGAAAAGGAAACCCAGGGAUGGUCCAGAUGGUUCUCAACCAGGGCCAUCUUGCACCAGCCUACCAAGGCCAUUCCAUCGAAACCAUGAGACAGCUCAGAGAGGAGUAUGAGCUCAGACAUUUAGACAGCAUGGAGAAACAUGAACUCUGUGAAAUUGACAUGAAGGAAACUCUGUUCUCCAGUUUCUGUCAGUUUCUCUGUAACUUUGACAAGAAUUACACGGUAGAAGAAAGGAGUGACCUGUCCAAGAUGAAGCUGAAGGAUGUUCCUGAAUAUUUUAAGAUCCAUCAGAACAAGUUCGACUAUCAGACUGCACUGAAUGCUUUGAAAGAAUCGUGGGCUUUGUGGCUCAUCCUUCAUGAAGAGCACAUCAGCAGACAUGACGAUAUCAGCCAGCUGAGAGAAGACCUCACCAAACACUUGAAGAAGACUGGUGACUUCCUCCUGCAGGGGACGAGCGAUAACUUCUAUGAUUACAUCAAACAGGCAGCAAGUAGAACUGAGCUGCACUGCAUGAACAAAACCAAAUGUGACUUUGGAGCAAAGACUUACUGGCAGAGAGCUGCAGAGUGCGAUCAUUUCUACAGUGCUGUGGCGCUUUAUAAUCAAGCUUACAUCACACUCAACCUCAGAAAAGGAGACUACAUAGCUGAGGCAAAGGAAUUAUUGGAGGAAGCACAGUCUGCAGUGGAUGUCUAUCUCUCAGAAUCAACAAAUACGAUGAUGUUUUGUAAUCUUUCAGUGACGAGUGGCUUUGUUCCACACCACACAAACAGCAACCUCCAGAUCCAAAUGCAAGCCAGGAUGACUAUCUUCAAAUCUUGGAAAAGAUACAUCGAAAGUGCCCUGACAACUCUGAGACAGCUCGAUGGCAGCAAAGCUGAUGCAGAAGUAGAGGAUUCCAGUGUGUACCAUCUUUCCAAAGAUAAAGAUUUAAUCACCACCAAUGAGCUGAUGAUGCUCUAUGAGAAUGGCCUUAGCACAGUCUUUGAGGUUAAAAAGAAGCCAGAGUUCUGCUAUGAUGCCCUUGCUUGUUUUGUUCUCGGCGCCCUUCAAGUUGCAGCAGGUGUUCUUGUUUGUGCUCUGUCAUGUGGUGGUGCCAGUCAGUUUGGACUUGGACUGAUCUGUGAGGGAGUAUCUGACAUGAUUCAAGGGAUCAAAGGAAUGAUACAAGGAGGCUUUGACUGGGCUGAAUGGGCAAUCUCCAAGGCCAUCAGCAUCGGGCUGUCUCUGAUCUCUGGUGGAUUCAGCCGACUAAAGAAAGCUGCAAGUGCAGUGCGUAGUGGCACAAAAGGUCUGAUCCCAGGAGCAAAGACUAGUGCCUACACAGUAAAACAGUGUUUUCUGAAGGCAGGGAAGUAUGCAGUUCAGGAACUGGGGAAGCAAGGAUGCGUCAGUGCUCUGAGUUAUACUGCUGAGAAGGCAUUUAAUGCUUUUUUCCAAAACGUUCUGAGGAAAGUCUUUGAGGAAAAGGUGCUUUCACUCAUAAAAGCCAACCGUAACCUGGAUGAAGUUCUCACAAGCUUCAUUUGCUCAGGAAUACCAAAGAAUAUCCUGGAGAAUGGGUCCAGUGAAUUCAGAAUUCACAAAGAGUGUGAGGAAGAAAUGCUUCAGUCAGUGGAUCUGAUAACAAGAAAAGUGAUUCCUGACCUGAUGAUGAAUUGUACCAUGCCUCUUAAGGCUCUUGAUGGACUUUCAGCAGUCUGUGGUGCUGUAACACAACACAUUAAGAGCAAAAAAGGGUCCGAUCGAAUAGAAAGUAUUCCAAUGGGUUUGGAAGCAGCUAAAUAUGCCACAGCCUUUGUACAAAUAUGGAAUUCAGUACCAACAGAGAAAGUCAUUAACAACACCUUUGUUCCUAAG